ACGUCAAAAAAAUUGUCCAUGUGAUGUCGACGCUAGUAUGAUUAUUGUAAUUCGCUUCGUAUUUUGUGGAUGGUACAGAAAUAAAAUCCUCUCAGAUUCUUGAAAUUUACCCUAUAAUUACGUGUAUAAGCAAGGAGCAUUACUCGAAGCAAGUUUAACGACGCUUGAGAGAACUGAGCUUGACCUGAACUGACCAGACACCAGAAUCAGCAGGCAUGGCCUUCCGGGACGAUCACACGGAAGUCAGCCCUCCCUACUCCAGGGUAUUCAUUGUCUGCGGCAAACUCAAUGAGGAUGACCUCAGACCUCUGUUUGAAAAGCACGGCGAACUCGAAGACCUUUACAUACCUAGAGAUCGAAACACCGGAAUCGGUAAAGGUGUAGCCUAUGUAAAAUACUACAAAACCUCAAGUGCCGCCGCGGCCAUUGAAGAGCUCCAUCUUAAAAAAGUCGACAAGCACUCCAAACCUCUCAAAGUUAUGGUUGCUAAUCAAAAACAUGACACUGACGCAGUCAGCGAGGAUAAAUACAAGCGCCUGUUCAUCAAAGUACCGAAGCAAGCAUCAGAGAGCGACAUAAAAGACCACUUCUCCGAGUUUGGUUGUGUGGAAUACGUUAAGAUGCCCAAAGAUAGAUCGACUAACGAAAGCAAAGGUUUCGCGUAUGUCCAGUACAAGUCGUUCCUUGAAGCUGCGAAGGGGUAUGAAGGGUGUGACCGCAAGUACAGAGCAAUGUUCGCGACACCUAAAGAGGAGUUGCAACGCAGUAGAAGUGGUCAAGGUCAAGACAAUUCGAUGGAUAUUCGACCCGACAAUGGGUUCUACCCGCAACCGGUUUACCCUCAAAACUCUGUGAGCUCUAUGAUAAAUACCCCAUCUGACGGCUACGUCACGGUUAAUGUAACUUGCAGCCCUCAAGUCUCUCAGCAACCUCUCGAGCAGCUUUUCAACAUCGUACCUGGAAUGCAACAGUUCCAGUUCUCCGUCGACCCUUACAACGGUUAUGCAAAAGCGUUAGUCACAUACGAAAACGCGUCCGCGGCAGCGUAUGCUGUCGAAAAAAUCAACAACUAUCAAUUCCCGUCAGGGGAAAUUCUUACUGUGAAACCGGAGAAUCAGUUAAAGAGAGUGGCCAACGACUUGACUAAUAUGGUCGACGUUUUUAAGAAGUCUCUAGACGGGGGUGGUCCAAGCCCGAACCUCAUGCAGCUAGCUGAAGCCAUAGCUCAAGCAUCGUCGUUGAUUAAAAAAGCGACUUCCAUACAAGUUGAGAGUGAGCAGCUUAUUGAUACCCGUGUUGAUCGUCCGCAGUUUGAUGAUUUUUGGAGCUCUCUGCCGCCAUCGCAGCCAAUGCUCGAUCGUGACGCUAGGGUCGCAAAGCGUUGCUUCAUAGUCUUCCAUCCUCACCCGCCUCCGCCCGCUUACUUAAGAGAUAUCUUCUGCCGCUUCGGAGACCUGAUAGACGUGUCGACAUUCACUCAUAAAACCUAUGGAUAUGCGAAAUACGGAUCCAGGAGAGCCGCCGAUAACGCGAUUGCGUGUCUCCAUGGAAAGACUGUGAACGGGGUCAGAAUGAAGGUUCUGGAAGCUGAAGAGAAACCGUCGAGAGAUGACGAUGACGAAAUGGACGGAAGACGGAAGAGAUCUCGGAGGGACGAUGACUAAAAUAUCAUUUUUAAAGGGACUUGAGUGGUUUAAUCAGAUGAUUACACAAUAAAGUGACUAGGGGCCAGUUGCACCAACCACAAUUGACAGACUGAUCAACGUCAGUCGUUAGUCAACAGUGAACUAAGAAAUAUCCCGUACAAUUCAAUUUAACGAACGUCUUAACGGUGACACACGGUUUGAUGCAACCGACCCUUACUUAAAAACAGUCAAGAGUGUUUACUAGACGAUGGGAGUGCACCGUCGACAAAGAAGAAAGAUGGAGAAACAAAACCUUAAUAUUGUUCUCUAGAGAGGAGGUCUUUGCGAGGUUCUUGUUAUUUUUUCGUCUGGGCGAAAGAGCGCGGGGACAGUAUCUUGGGAGUCGCGCGCGAUAUACACUGCCCGUCCCUCUAAUUAAUACAGUUAGACUAGUGGCUCUGUGAGCUGUAGACCUCGCGAUAAACUUAAAAAAUGUAAAAAUUAAAACAUACUUCGUUGAGUCAUUGUCUCAGCGAACUCACAGCAGUCUUAAGUGCCCUACUGGCUUUAAGUCUUUUAUGCCAAUUUCCUCCAUUUUGAAUACUUAAAAAAAAAGGUCAUUUUUUUUAUCUAACUACCGAUGCUGCUUAUAAAAUUUCACGAGAAUCUGUUACGAAAUACGACCUGCAGAGGAGAGGAGAACAUCCGGACAUACGGAAGCGUUUUUGUCCAAGCUGAAACGAAGGACGAAAACCUCGGUAAAAAAAAGACAGAGAGUCUAUCUCACGCGAGAUACUGUCGCGGCGAUCCUGUGCUAACCCCACUGCUAUCUUUUAGGGAACAACGAUUUUAUACUCAACGGAAUAUAUACGUUAAAUUAAUUAAUUUCUAUUAAAACCCAAUUAAUUCCAUUGUACUAGUAUUACAAAAAUUGCCUUAAAUUAGGUAAUGCAACUUUAAUGUUGGAAUAUUUGAGUAAAACGCUUUUUUAGUUUAUAAAUAGUUGUUUCAUGACUUUUAAUCAUUCAUGUAACUCUUUUAUAGUACAAGAACAUUUAGUGUUUCAGUUUUUCGGAUUUUUUUAGUUAUUAUGGCCGGCCAGGACUACCAUUGUCUCAUUCUAACAUAUUUUUUCGUUUAUGAAACAAAAUAAAUUUAUUUAUUUACUAAUACUUGUAGUAAUACUUCUUUUCUAUUUGCCUGACACUGUUUUCAUACAGGUUAGAAUUAAGGCGUUGAAUGUUAGUUUUAGUUUUAUAAUAAUAAGUACGAGUACAUUUGUAGUAGGCAAAAUGUAUACAGAGUGAUCUUAGGCUCAAAGCAAAAAUUAAUAUCCUACGUAGUUGUUUCUCGGGAAUGUGUUGUAAGUAAUACAGGCUUAAAGUCGUACAUAACUACAUACCUACUGGAGGCCUACCGCAAAAAUCUAAGUUCGUCAAUUGCGGGAUUUUUCUCUGUCACUCUAAUUACGUCUUAGUGAGAGUAAAAGAGAAAGAUCCCCGCAAUUUGCGAAUUUCGGUUUUCCCGGUAGGCCCCCUGAUCCAUUCAAACCAUUGUCAAAAAUCUACUUGUACUUUUACGUUUGGUUUGUUUCGAUAGAGACAGCCAGCCUGUAAGUACGUUGUAUUUUCUUAUAUGACAUAUUUCAAAUUGUAAAAGAUUUAAUAUACCUAAACUUUCCUUAAUUAAAUAAA